AACUUGUAUCGGAUAGGAACGACUUGAGAUGUACAGAGGAGCUAAAGAUUCCAUCUUUUCUUGUUUUCUUUCUAAAGAAGAAUUUAAUAACGAACCCUCUGUUCCUACCUUUUUAAAGCAAGAGCGAGGUGCACAAGUCCUCUUCGUUUCACUCGGAAUAAAGGAAGAAAACCAAAGAACUUAACAAUCUCGUCUCAGAAUUUCUGUCUUGGAGAAGCUUUGAUCUAUGUAUGGGUAUCCCGGUACGGAAAUCAACAGCUCGUUCUUGAAAACAAAAAAUACGAAAACAUAAAGGAUUUUUUAACGUGGAAUAAAAGAAAAUCAACAAGAGUUUUCGAAAGGUUCUUUUUUAUCCUCAACACCCUUAUUGUGUAGGCUUCUGCCUUGACCAACCUAUCCUCUGCUAACUCCCCCUUCAACUCUUCUCUAAGAAAAACAAGAUGGCUGAACAAGAAGAACAAGAAACUCCUCAAAGAUUCACCUUUGGAACUGUUGGUUUUGAUGCAAGAUUCCCCAAUACAAAUCAAACGAAGCACUGCUUCCAAAAUUACAUUGAUUAUCAUCGUUGCAUUAACGCUAAGGGUGAGGACUUUGUCCCUUGUAAGCAAUUUUGGCAUGCUUUCCAAUCCUUAUGUCCUAUGGACUGGGUUGAGCGUUGGGAUGAGCAGCGUGAUAACGGUAUUUUUCCUGUCGAUUUGUAAAUGAAAUGACAAUGUUGUUCGAAAGUACACCUUGGUAAUGAUGAGAGAACCGAAUUUUUUGAUAAAAAAAACGAAAAAAAUUUCGAGCUUUUUUGUGCACUGUAUAACGAAAGCAUUUUCUAUCAACAAUCUCUUCUACAUUUACCAAGGAGAAGAACCUUGCUACUCUCUUUGUCAAGAACUCCCCUUUCAUUAGUCUAUCAAUUUUAGCUUAAUGAAUAUCCUGAAUAUGAUAUUCAACACUUCUUUAUACAAACUUCAUUGAAAAUCUG